AUGAAUUACUUAUCAUUGCUAGGAACACAAGGACAUAAAGGAGUCACAGGGGAAAAAGGAACUGAUGGUGAUAAGGGAAUGACAGGAAAUAAAGGAACGCAAGGGGACAAAGGAAUGACGGGACAAGGAGGAACACUAGGUGAUAAAGGAAUGACAGGAGAAAAGGGAACUCAAGGAGACAAAGGAAUGACUGGCACGAAAGGAACACUUGGAGAUAAAGGAAUAACAGGACAGAAAGGAACAGAAGGUGACAAAGGAUUGACUGGCGAAAAAGGAACUCAAGGUGACAAAGGAAUGACAAAAAAUAAGGGAACUCAAGGUGACAAAGGAAUGGCAGGCGGAAAGGGAACAUUAGGGGAUAAGGGAAUGACUGGAGAAAAAGGAACACAGGGUAAUAAAGGUCUGACCGGCCAAAAGGGAACACAAGGUGACAAAGGUGUGAAAGGACAAAAUGGUACUGGAGGAGAUAAGGGCAAACCUGGAGAGGGUGGUGCUAAAGGAACUUCUGGCGAUAAAGGGGAAACAGGAGAAAAGGGUACACUAGGGGAUAAGGGAAUGACAGGAGAAAAAGGAACACAGGGUGAUAAAGGUGUGACCGGCGAAAAGGGAACACAAGGUGACAAAGGUAUGACAGGACAAAAGGGUACUGAAGGAGAUAAGGGUAAACCUGGAGAGCGUGGUGCUAAAGGAACUUCUGGCGAUAAAGGAGAAUUGGGAGAAAAGGGUACACUAGGGGAUAAAGGAACUAAAGGCAUGAAGGGAGAACAAGGAUACAAGGGGGAUAAAGGUGGUACAGGAAAUAAAGGAACUCAAGGAGAUAAAGGAAUGACUGGUGAAAAAGGUACACAGGGAGACAAAGGUGAACACGGAACACUGGGAGAUAAAGGAAUGACAGGAAACAAAGGCACAUUAGGCGAUAAAGGAAUGUUAGGAGAGAAAGGCACACAAGGUAUUAAGGGAAUGACAGGAGAAAAAGGAACACAAGGUGAUAAAGGAAUGAUGGGAAAUCAAGGAGACAAAGGAAUAACAGGAGAAAGGGGAACUGAAGGAGAUAAAGGAAUGACUGGAGAAAACGGAACACAAGGAGAUAAAGGAAUGAAAGGAACAACUGGUGACAAGGGAAUGACAGGAGGAGAAGGAACUCGGGGAGAUAAGGGAGAAACAGGAAACAAAGGUCUAACAGGAAACUACGGCACACACGGAGAUAAAGGAAUGACAGGACAAAAAGGAACACAAGGCGACAAAGGAAUGAAAGGCGAGAGAGGUUACAAGGAAAUGAAAGGAAUACAGGGAAUAAAAGGUGUAAAAGGAAUGACAGGCACAAAAGGAACAGAAGGUGACAAAGGAAUGACUGGACAGAAAGGAACGCAAGGAGAUAAAGGAAUGAUAGGAUCGAAAGGAACGCAAGGAGACAAAGGAAUGUCAGGAAAGAAGGGAACAGAUGGUGAUAAAGGUGACACUGGUAAUGUUGGAGCUAACGGUACACAGGGAGACAAGGGUAUGACAGGAAGCAAAGGAACGCUGGGCGACAAGGAAUUGACGGGCGGAAAAGGAACACAAGGAGAAAAAGGCACACUAGGAGACAAAGGAAUGACAGGACAAGAAGGAACACAAGGCGACAAAGGAAUCAAAGGAAUGACAGGACAAAAAGGAAUCAAAGGAAUGAAAGGCAUGACAGGAGCAAAAGGAACAAAUGGUGACAAAGGAAUGACAGGAAAUAAGGGAACUUCUGGAGAUAAAGGAGCCACAGGUGAAAAAGGAACACAAGGCGACAAAGGAAUGACCGGUGAGAAAGGAACACUAGCAGACAAAGGAAUGACAGGUGAAAAAGGAACGCAAGGCGACAAAGGAAUAACUGGUGGGAAAGGAACACUGGGAGACAAGGGAAUGACAGGUGAAAAAGGAACAGAAGGUGACAAAGGAAUAACAGGAAAUAAGGGAACACAAGGAGACGAAGGAAUGACUGGAACAAAGGGAACACAAGGGGAUAAAGGGAUGACCGGUGAAAAAGGAACACACGGCGAUAAAGGAGCUAAAGGAAUGAAGGGAGAGACGGGAUAUUAA